CAAUGAGAGGUUGGGAAGCCCUUUGAACGCCAAUGGCUGGAUGCCGCAGCUCCUCAAGAUCAAGCGUGGACGUACUGUUGCUUCUGAUGGACGAGGGAUGGGCACGCUGCAAGAUGUGUGGGAGAGGAGUGAGCGCGUCGUGACGCUGCCCGGCUUGCUCGCCAGCAUCCUCGCUGCAACGGUCGUAGAGUGAGCCGCCGUUAACAUUGCUCAACAUUAGUAUCUCGCUCACCUUUUGAUGCACAUUGCACAGCAUGACACCAAGCGAAGCUUCGCUCACUGGCAUGCUCCAAGCCGACGGCAGCUGGGACCACAACAUCCUUGCUCUCGUCGAUAAUCUGAGCCAUACCGGCGCGCCAAGUCAAACCUACGACCGACCCCUGAAGGACAUGCUCGGCCCCAUCAACGACCUCUCCCUGCAGGGCACCAUCAGCGCCUACUUUGUCGAGCGCUUCGGCCUCAACACAGCUUGCAUCAUUACUGCCCCUAUUCCGUCCGCUGUCGCUGCGUACCUCUCCUUCCUACCUGGCUACAAUGACGUCGGCCUGCAUCUCAGCCACAGCGAUACGCUCAUCGUACCCACCACCACGGCCGCCGUGAUACAAGAGGGCGCUCUCGUACACAAUCCGACGGCAGGUCUCACUGUCGAUGUCGAAGAGAGAUCGGGCACACCUUCUCAGCCCUAUCUGCGAAUUGCCACAUUCCCAUCGUCCAGCGAGGCUCGUUUGGCCAUUCGCAAUGCAUAUGGCAAUGCGGAUUGGAGCAUCUUCGGCAAGGUCAUUGGUUUCGUGCCCGUCGGCGGGAGCAUUGGACUGGACAACAAGUUUUUCUCCAUCUGGCGUCACGACGGGCAUGGCCCCUUGCUUACGCGCUAUGAAGGUGGUAUCCCUGUGCCGGAAUUUUCAGACCUGCGAGCCAACCCACGCUGCCUCAUCGAGGGGCAGGCACUGGCCUCACGCGCCGUCUACGCCCGAGUAGCCACAAACGACCGCUCCGCAGCGGCUGCAGCGGGCAAGAAGGUCCUCAAGAAGGCCACGCCGCUCUCAGCCGACUUUGCCUCAGGCUUUCUCGGCGCUGGCCAGGUGCUUGGCUUCGACCCGUACGACCUGACUGUGUCCCCCGAGCGUAUACUCGCGUGGGGCAGAGCCGCACACAAUGAAGCCAUCGCCGACUGCUGGAGCAAUGUCUUGGGUGGGCAGUGGGUCGUACCGUCUUGCGAGCGAGAGCCAUGCGCUGCCGUGGGAGCGACCUUUCUCGGCCUGGCCAGCAUUGAGGCUCACCAUGCCCGGCAGCAUGGAGGCAGCUUCCCCGGCUUCGCUCCCUAUAUAAUUUCCCUUCUCGACGGCUCUACUGCCUUCUCGCCUACCACGCCCUCGAAUGCACAACUUCCCUCAAGCCCACUCUCACCGCUCUCACCCAGUACGUCGUCGCCCCCACCGUUCUUUCAAGGCAGGCUGCGUUCAUCCUCCUCCCCGCUCAUUAGCAGCGACCUCGGUCGCUUCACGCCGUUCAGCCUCGUCAUCCAGCAGGCGGACUUUGAGCACAGGUCACCGUCCAUCACCAGUCCUACGACGGGCUUCUCAAGCGUGAUCGGUGGAGAGCCACUCACCCCGCCUUCCUCGCCUCUCAUGGCGCGUAGGAUGCCAAAGAGAACGACUUCGAAUAUCUCUUCAACGACGCAUGGAAGUAGCUCGUUGCAUGUUCUGGAGGAAGGAGAGGAGGAGGGUACUGGUGCCUGUGCUGGGCCGGAAGCCGUGACUUCCAAGGUAGGCAGCGAUGAGCCAUCGAUUGAGGAUGCCACCACGCCCAAAUCGUCCGUCUUCAAGAUCAACACAGCCGUAGGCCGAGGCCAAGCGGAAUCUACCACAGCUUCGACGAUGAUAUCGCGCCGAAAGUCUUUCAAUACUCUCGCCUGGGACAUGACGAGCAUGAGCCGCAGCAUGAGCAGCAGCGGGAUUCCAACGACGAGCAGCGCCGCACGAGGCAUUUUUGAGCCUCCUUUACCUGUCAUCGGCCGGCCGCGCGCUGAUACGGACCUCGGCCUGCGAACACUUUCUACCAUCUUGGACACCGUCCCGCAGGCCAAGUCAAGCGCCUACCAGCCACAGCAGUUAGAGCAGCCGAUUCACCAUGCGCAGCGUCAGAGACAGAUCUCUUCCGGCGCCAAGAGUGACGGUGACGUCGGAGUAAUUGGCAGCGCCCGCUCUGCCUCUAACUCUCCAAUUCGACGCAUCUCCUCCGCUUCCUUUGUCCAGGCGUCGUCCAUGUCGCCUAUCUCGCCGCCCUCUGAAACCUCGUCGACCGCAGACAGCGACGGGCAUGAGAAGAGGAUGCGUGCUUGGUUGAUGGGACACAUUGAUGGUCCAAUGCCGGUCGCAAGUGCCAAAGAGCCGGCUUCUGCGAAUGCGUUGCCCGCUAAUGCGACAGAGGCAAGCAAGUGCGUGCGAUCCGAUCACGCUGAAGAGGCGGCUAUGCCCCCUCCCUCCAACAACGAGUCGUCAACCAGCUCCGUCCAGCUCAUCAACAAUCGUCAUCAUCUCAUUCACCCUCAUUACUGCCAGCUUGACUCUCUGCGUCACUCACACGCGCGUCAUGAAAAGCUCCUCGGCUUGAAGAGACUGGCAGAAGCAGACGAAGACUUGUGGAUCGUGUACGGUGCGCUGGCCGAGGAGUAUGUCAGACUGAGGUGUGGAGGGAGGGAAGUAGGGAGUGCUGUUGCCGAAUCGCGCGAGUAGUAGAUCAUGGCGAGCUGGUCCUCGUCUCUGAUGUUGCAUUCUCUUCACCCUUCAUCUACUCACAGUCAAUGAGAAGUCACUGUCCAUCCAGCCGGCUGUGAUUUGCACGACUCCACCCCCCAACUUGACAGCCAACCGAGGCGCGCGCCCAGAGUUGCA